AAUCACCUCCCCUCCGAUAUUUCCCGCAUUUCGAAUUUUCUCGCAGUUUCUUUUCUCUCCCAAACAGGCUCUUUAGAGACUUUCGUCCAUGGCCACAUUCAGCCUUCCCCGCAAGGGUAAUACGAGGCUGCCGCCGGAGGUCAACAGAGUCUUGUUCGUACGAAAUUUGCCCUUCAACAUUACCAGCGAAGAGAUGUACGAUAUUUUCGGCAAGUACGGGGCGAUACGGCAGAUUCGGAUUGGGACGAACAAGGAUACUAGAGGUACCGCCUUUGUUGUUUACGAAGAUAUCUAUGAUGCUAAGACGGCGGUGGAUCAUCUCUCCGGUUUCAACGUUGCCAAUCGGUAUCUGAUCGUGUUGUACUACCAGCAAGCUAAGAUGAGCAAAAAGUUCGACCAGAAGAAGAAAGAGGAUGAACUCGCUAGGAUGCAGGAGAAGUACGGUGUUUCCACGAAAGAUAAGUAAAAGGAAUUCCUGUGGAGCAUUUGAGAAGAAAAGGAAAAGUAUCUUUGAGGAGGAUGGUUCAGAAAGGAGGCAUCUUGUUCGCCCUGACCUAAAGCUUUCCCUUCCAUGUUUGUUGUUAUAUUACAAUUCCGUGGGUUUUACUUUUUAUAUUGAUUGGGUUGUAUCUUUUACAUUCAUUGCGAGCAUGAAAGAAGAUUCUUGAGCAUAGUUUAGUUAUAUAUAUUAACGUAUCUUGCUCUGAUGGAAUUUCCUCAUACAGAUCCUUUUGUAUAUGACGUGUGCUCAUUAUUGUGUU